AUGAUGAAAUCAUCCGAAACAGAGAGGGAGGAUUCCAAGAUUAUACUCUUGGCGAACGGAGUAUCGGACGAUGGAGAUACUUACCUGAAAAUCCCGAAAUUCUACACCAUAAACCUGCAUUUAUUGGAGGGGAUGAUGAUGAAAGCCACCGAGAUCGACCUUCAGCUCCCAGCCGGAACUUGUAUCAGCGGAAUUGAAGGCUGGUGCAAUGGUCUACUCUGUUUGAGUUCUUCAUCAAAAACUGACCUUUUCUUGUCGAACCCGACAACCCGCAAGCAUUGGCAGUUACCAUCCCCCCUUCCUAAGAAGAAGACAGAGAGUAUAAUAAGCCCAAGUCAAGAGAUUUGUGUUUAUGGUUUCGGGUACGAUGGAACUGGAGAUGAUUACAAGGUCAUACGGGUGACAGAGGAUUACUUAAACCAGGGGAUCGGCGUCCUGAAGCCAAUCUCGCAGGAAGUUCAGGUUUAUAGCCAGAAAUCCAAUUCUUGGAAGCAUCUUCCACAAUUUCCUUAUUUCAUCGGAAAUCGUCGGUGGCCUAAUCCCGGAAAACUAGUUAACCAUGCCCUCCAUUGGGUCAUGGAGGAUUCGGAUGACGAUGUCAUUGCGGCCUUUGAUCUCAGAACAGAACAAUAUCAUACCGUUCCGCUUCCUCCUGAGAUUGUGGAACGAAAAGAAUCAGCAAAUCCUUCAUCAAAAUCACCAUCAUGGCCGUGGAUUUUGGAGGUUUUAGAAGGCUUCCUAUGCGUAAUGAAGAGACAGGAUUCCACAACCUUAAAUCUGUGGAUAAUGGAAGAGUAUGGUGUGAAGGAUUCUUGGACCGAGUUUGUGUUCCAGAAGUUCCCAAGUGUGGUGUGUCCGAAUCCUGUUCCUAUAUCGAUAUCGAAUUCCCGCAGAAGAAAGGGUGAAAUCUUCUUUCAUGACAACAGAUAUGUGUUCAGUUAUGAUGCAGAGAGCCAAAUGCUUCGGAAAGUCGUCUUCUUUCCAUCAUACAUCGCGAGCAGUGGAUAUCCGUUGAUUAGCAGCAGCCUAGUUCAACCUGGACCUAGUUGUUGA